CGGUACGGACGCGAAACUCGGAAAGUGACUUGUGAGAAAGAAACGAACCCCCCUUUGGAUUACCAGUUGGAGAGAAGUUAAUGUGUUGGGAUUUUUUUCUAUUUUUUGUUGAAUUUAAGUUUUUUCUUGUUUUUUUUUUUAACUCAAGGAAAUAAAGUUUCUCUCAUUUGUGAACCCAAAUUGUAUAUCAGAAAAACAGUGAAUCACAGUGAAAAUUAAAAAAAGAAAAAUCCUUCAUAAAAUGUCCCACCAAGGUGAUCAUGAGUAAAUCCCAAGCCGCCGAGAAAAAGUGUGCAAAAUUUCCCAAACUAUCCUGCGCUGGUCUGUUUCUGCUGCUAUGCUUCUCCCAACUGGCCAUCACCGCCGUUCGGGGGGCCAUUCCGGUGGUGCGGCCGGACCGGACCGGCCCCAACCGGUACGGGACUAAGAACUUUGUGUACCAAAGCGAUUCGCGCACCAGCCAGGCCGUCAAGGAUGCGUUCCAGGAGAAGCUGGCCAACGAGCUGAAGGGCCGGAUGCUCAAAGUGACCACGCUGGAGGACUGGCCCCUCAGCUACACGGAACGUAUCAACGGAACGCUGAUCGGGCGCGGCGUGGCCUUCGAGAUGCUCGAGUUCCUGAUGGAGAAGUUCAAGUUCAACUACACGCUGGUCAUGCCGGAACACAACAUCGUCGGCUCGAGCGACGACAUGGACGGAAGCAUCAUCGAGCUGCUGGCCAACGAGAAGGCGGACAUUGCGGUGGCCUUUCUGCCCAUUCUGGCCGACGCCCGCCAGCACAUCCUGUACUCCACGGGCCUGGACGAGGGCGAAUGGAUGAUGAUCAUGAUCCGUCCGCUGGAGUCGGCCAGUGGUUCGGGGCUGUUGGCUCCCUUCGAUCGGGACGUUUGGAUUUUGAUUCUGGUUUCGCUGCUGGCCGUGGGUCCGAUCAUUUACGGACUGCUCGUCAUCCGGUACUAUCUGACCAAGGACUCGGAACAGGUCCGGUACACGCUGCCGCACUGCAUCUGGUUCGUGUACGGUGCGCUCAUGAAACAGGGCAGCACCCUGUCCCCGACCGGAGAUUCGACCCGCAUCCUGUUCGCCAGCUGGUGGAUCUUCAUCACGAUCCUGACGUCGUUCUACACGGCCAACCUGACCGCGUUCCUGACCCUGUCCAAGUUCACGCUGCCCAUCAACAACGCCGAGGACGUGCGCCGGAAAGAAAAAAACUUUGUAACCAUUCGCGGCAACGCCAUCGAGUACGCCAUCAAGAACAGCGACGAAGCGCUCAACUCGCUGAGCGUCCUCGUGGACAAGCACCUGGUCGAGUUCACGACGAACCUCAACGACAGCGACAUCCUGAUGACGACGGUGGCCAAGAAGAACUACGUGUACGUCCGUGAUCGGCCCGCCAUCGAGCACCUCGUGUACAACGACUACCUAGUGCGGCGCAAGGUUAACCCGAUCAACGAGCGCAGCCACUGUCCGUUCGCGACCGCUACGACGCCCUUCCUGAAGCGAGUCCGGGCCUUCGCGUACCCCAACUCGACCCGCUGGAACGCCCUGUUUGAUCCGCAACUUCUCAACAUGGUCGAAGGAGGCCUGAUCAAGUUCAAGCUGUUGGAGAAUCUGCCCAAGGCCGAGAUUUGCCCGCAGAACUUGGGCGGCACUGAGCGUCAGCUGAAGAACCGCGAUCUGGUCAUGACCUACUUGGUUAUGUUGACCGGGUUCUGCACGUCGAUCGCCGUGUUCUUCUCGGAGAUGUUCGCCCGCAUCAUGAACGAGCGCAAGCUGGCCAAGGAGCUGAAGGAACUCAACGGACCCGGACUCAAGCUGCCCCCGGAGAAGAUCACCUACCUGAGCAAGGGGGUGUCGGACUCACCGCCGCCGCCGUACGCGGAGAUCUUCAGCCGGCACACCAGUGGCAUGAUCGGCGCCAAGGGAAUGUUCGGCAGUCAGAUCGUUACGGACGGGGACGCGGCUCGGCAGAUGAUCAACGGCCGGGACUACAUGGUGGUCAAGGAGAAGAACGGCAUCGGGUCGCAGCUGAUUCCGAUGCGGGCCCCGUCGGCGGCGAUCUUUCAGUACACGUACACCAAUUAAGGUCGGAUUUUCGGUUUUUUGCUCAAGUCAACGGAUUAAUUCUUGCGGAAAGUGGAACAUAUUUUUCAAGCCAAGAUUAUUAUUCAUUUACAGUGCAAGUUUAUGAAUCUAUCAUUGAAAGUAUUUUUUCAAUAGAAUUUGAAAAUAGAAAAGUAUAUGCAUUAAACAGUGAAAUUCUUUUGAAACAAUUUAAAAAGUUUUGUUUGCAGUUUGUUUAAAAAUAAUGCGUCAAUUGUCGUUUGUUGAUUGUAUUUAAAAAGUAGAUAAUAGAUUGAAUUUGCAAAAAGAUAUCUGAGCACAUCCUGGAAAGUUGUUUUGCUAUAGGCUUUUAAACUCCAUUCAAUUUUUUUGGAAAUAACUCAAGUAGACUUCUACAAAGCUAUAAAUGUCGUAAGACAAAAAGUGCGAUUAUUUUUCUAUAAUCUAUUAAACGAAUUAAUAAAUUAUCUAAUUAUCUUACUAGAAACAAAACAAUACUAAGAAUACAUUCAUUAGUGUAAGGUUAUGGUCAUUGCAGUAGCCAUUUUGUUAUGAAUGAAACGUCAUCUCGUUUGCCUUAAACCGGUCUACUACGUUGUAUUAGCCGUAACGGUAAUUGAGUCCUAAAAUUAAGUUUAAAUUGCUGAUAUUAUUGAUCACAACGAAAAAGCUUAUUUUUCUGAGUACCAUGACCCAUUGUACGACCCAUUGGCUUUUUAAAUGAAUUUUAAAAAAUCAACCUUGCGGUCCUUCUUGACAGAAAUGGUCCUACUUGACAGCUCGUUCAAAGGGAACCAUAGUUGAUUCAUCGAAAAAAUGUUGUCUUGUUUUUUUCUUGCAUGAAAUGAAAAAAGUGAUUAGAAAUUGUUUGUAAUCGUGUUUUUUACCUUUGUACAUACAAAUUGACAUAGGGCUUUAGGACCCUAUUCUGCAAACUAACAACAUUACACAGAAUAUUGUUUAAAAAUCAUUAUCGCUGAAAAAACAUUUAUUUUCAAAUAUUUAGAUAUUUUUUUACAUUUCCUGAAAAAUACUUGAACAAAAAUAUAAAAAAAAUAAAAAAUAUUUAAUUUUUUUUUGAAAAAAAAAUAUUUUGAGGUAGAAAAUGUUGUCUCGCGAAAAAGAAAAUUAUUAUUCAACAAUUUGCACGAUAAUCGCCGUAAUAAAACAAUUUUCAAAUCAUUUUAGCACAUAAGAAAACUGCUAAAAUCGCUUUGAAACUGCGCCAUUUUAAUGUUUCGCCCAAUUUUUGCAAACCUCUUGGACGUAGCAAAGAUUGUGCCACAUAUUGCUCCCCAACCCAGAUCGCUAAUUGUCAGGUUUUUGGUCUGGAGUGGAAAGUGCGCAACCAAAAAUGUCGGACAGUGUCGUGAAUCUGCUUUGUGACACUGCCCGAUGUAUACAAAAAAGUUGUUGUCAAAAUAUGACUAAAUUGAUAACUACGAAUGUAUUAGGAUAAUAUUGAUGUCAACAUAUUUGAAAAACCUCCCUAAAAGAUCAUUAUCAUUAUCGAAGAUUAUAAUGAGAAGAAAAUAAUAAUUUUAAGAUUUUAAAUAUAACAAUUACCUACUAGUUAAGAAUCUGCAUAGAAUGGAAAAGGCACCAACGAAUGCAAAAGUAUAGAAAAAUACUAAAAAAUACACAAAAAAAAACAUUGAAAGGACCAAAAAAAACAUGAAGACCUUGGCCACGAAUAAAUGACAAAGCCCGAACGGAUCUGUUCCUUAACCAUGCGAAAAGAGAAAACAAUUAUUACACCAAAAAAUACAAAUCAUAAAGCAAAUAUGAAUAUAAAAAAAGGUAAACCAGAUAAUGUAAAGCAAGUUACAAGAGUAUUUUAUAAAAUACCUUGAUUAUUGUGCAAAUUGUGCGAACUUUUUUUUUCUAAAUUUUUAUAAUUCAAAUAAAAAAAAAGUUUUUUUUUUCGUUCUGGCAUAAACAUUGCUUCAAUUUUUAAAACAUAAUUUACAAAUUUUAAAAAUAAAGAAUCAACGGAAGAUGCUUUAAAACACAAUCAUUGUACGGAUUUUAAUUAAUUUACAGAAAAUUUAUGCUAACAAAUGGCUGGUUUAAAUUAAAAAUUCAGGUUAUGUUUCCUGAUCUAUUAAAAAAAUUAAAAGGAAAUUUGGAACAAAAACUUUCUUAAUUGUUCAAUUGUAUUGACCGUUUCGAGAAUCUUUAAGUUUAAACUAAUUUCGAUAAUUUUUUAUAUGUUGGUAACAAAUAUAUAACCACGAAAAUAUUACUUUAUUAUGAAAAACCAAUUCAACGAACAAAAUUUUUGUUUGCUGUUGUCAAGUUUGUCGUAAAGAUGAUUCAUUGAAUCUUCUUCUAUAUGGAGUAUUUUUUUUUAAAGGUCCAAUAAACCAAAUUUCUAGUUUUUUCCUUUUGGGUGUUUUUGAAACCGCCUUGAGUUAGGGGUAUUAAAAAUGGCAAGCUGAAUUUUCGCAAAGCUAAAGCAUUACGCUGCGAACUUUCCUUCUUGGGACGUGCAAUCCUAGUACCAAACGCUUAACCUGUUUGACUGACACUACUGUCUCCGGAAGUGAAGCCGAAUGGCUGAGGACCAGUUGCAACUGAGAUGGGACAAGGGUCAAAUUUGGAAUUUGGGAAUCAAUUUUCGAGUUUUUCGAUAACGAACAUGACAUCUCAUUUUUUUUCAGAAUUUGCUACAAAGUUUAUGUCAUUGGAAUGAUUACCUUAAAAAAAUAUUUUUGAAUAUCUCAAUCAAAUUAAAAGAAGACCCAACCGUCGGUCGCUUUGAAGUUCAAAAAAUCUCAAUUUGUGUUUCACUACUGUAAAAUUGGAAAACCACACAGCAACUUACCUUUCCAGGAUGUGCACAAAGCUAGCGAUAAUUGAACAACCAAACCAGAAGAAUCACAGUGCAUUGAUAAACCCACCCAAGCCAGAGUAGAUUUUUUUUAUUAAAUGUUAGUUGAUCAAAUAUGUUACCAUCACCAAAUUAUCACCACAAUCAAAAGAUAGUUGAAACCAACGCACAAGUGUGUACAAACAAACAAAGAGUAAAAAAAAAGUUUGUGUUAUUUUUUGUAGUUUGAACAAAAUACGAUGUACAACCAGGUCUAAGUUUCUUUCCGAGCAAAUAAACAAAAUCGCAAACAGUUCCUUACCAUGGUUUUGGAAUGUGGGCAACA